GGUUUAGGCGUUUACGGGAGCGAAGCCGCGAUAGUCGUUAAAGCGCAUGCUCCCAAAGGUUUAUUAUCUUCUUUCUGUUCAAGUGCCAUUUCAUUGCGUACAGUGCAGUCUAUAAAACAGAAUGCGUUCCCAGUGGAUCUCGAGUUUCCUAUCACUUAUCGUCAUUCGUAGCGUAUAAACAUAACAUAGCGCGGUCAUUAACUUAAAAAUUGUGUUUACGUAGGUACGGUGAGGCUUGAGAAGCCGAUAAUUUACCUUGAAAAUGGUCGUUUUUCGAUUGUAAAGAGAGCGUCGAUACGUUUCCUAAGUCUUUACUCCUGUUUAUUCCUAUUCUUGUGGAAUUACAUUCGCAAAAUGUCAUGCAGUUACGCGGACGGAUUGUCGCCUUACGAAAACAAAGGGAUUCUGGGUUUAGAAGAGAGAUACGACACCGUAGAAACCCUUCGUAUAAAGUGCGGACUCUUAGCGGAAUGGAUCCAAGGCGCGCGACAUGUUGUCGUUCACACCGGUGCAGGAAUCAGUACAGCUGCAGGCAUUCCAGAUUUUCGAGGAACAAACGGGGUAUGGACAUUGGAACAAAAGGGUUUAAGGCCUUCAAUGAAUAUUUCUUUUGAUGAUGCUAUACCAACAAGGACACAUAUGGCAUUAAAAAAAUUAAUUGACUGCAAAAAAGUUAAAUUUGUAAUUAGUCAGAAUAUCGACGGAUUGCACCUUAAGUCUGGCAUUCAAAGACAAAAUCUUGCGGAAUUACAUGGCAAUAUGUUCACAGAACAAUGUGAUAAAUGUGGAAAGCAAUUCAUCCGUAACUUUGCGAGCAAAAGCGUUGGUAAGAAAUCCUUGGAUACAGUAUGCAGGUCUGAACAGAUAGGUGGUCGUCCAUGUCGUGGACGUAUGCACGAUACUAUUCUGGAUUGGGAACACAAUUUACCAGAUAGUGAUCUGACAUUAUCAGAUUUGCAUUCCAGUGUUGCUGAUUUGAGUAUUUGCUUGGGAACAACUUUGCAAAUUAUUCCAAGCGGGAAUCUUCCAUUGUAUACUAAAAAAUAUGGAGGGAGACUUGUCAUAUGCAAUCUACAGCCUACCAAACAUGAUAAGAAAGCCGAUCUAAUAAUUAAUGGAAAUGUCGAUGAAAUAAUCAUAAGUGUUAUGAAAAAAUUGGGAUUAGAAAUUCCUGUAUACGAUAUAAGCAUGGAUCCAACACGUAAUCCUGAUACAACAUGCAAGGAAAUGGAUUGGACUAUACCGUCAAGCAGAAUAAAAGAAAUGAACGUAUUAUAUAAAAAAGUUUGCAAACCUAUGAGAAGAAAACGAAAAACAUUUAUGUAUGAGAGAGAAAAGCCUGACCCUAAGCAAGAAACAAAGACAAGGAAGUUUACAAUGAAACAAGAAAUUAAAAUGGAGGACAAUGUAGAUAGGAUCCAAGGAAUGCACAACAAACAAGACGAUGACAGUAUGCUUCUCAAUGCUGUUAAAGUUGAGAAAAAAGGUAUAGGCGAUGUUGGAUCUUGUACUUAUUCGGUAGACAAUGUAUCGCAGCUUAAUAAUGCCGACAUAAUGGCUGAAACAGUGUAGCGUGAUUUAUUAGUAGAUGAUGAUUAUUACGCGUUUUAAUAUUUGUAUUAAUCUCUGUGUACGCCAACAGUAUUUACGAGUGCUCAUAGAAUGGAUGUUCAUUGUAUGCGGAGACUGUCUUACAGAGCUUCUGAUUUAUUAUUUCUAGAAGAAGUCUUUCCACAAAAUAAGUUUUUAAUUUAUACGAGAAUAUAACAAAAAAAGGAGAAAACUAAAAACAAAAACUAAGAAAGAAAACGAAAAA